AUGAACAGAUCGCAGGAUACAGUCAUCGACGAUGACGAGGAAACUUGCCCAUUAUGUAUCGAAGAGUUUGACCUUUCGGACAAGAACUUCAGACCCUGUCCUUGUGGCUAUCAGAUCUGUCAAUUCUGCUUCAACAGUCUCAAGAACACAUACGAAAAGAGUACCUGUCCAAACUGUCGACGACCAUACGAUGAGAAGACAAUACAAUAUAAAAUACCCACUGCAGAAGAGUUCAAGCUCGAUCAGUUGAACAAAAACAAGAAGCAGGCCGCGGCGAAACGAAAAGAGACAGAAAAGCGUGAAGUCGAGAACUCUUCCCGUCGAAACCUAGCUGGUGUGCGCGUCAAGCAACAGAACCUUGUCUAUGUUAUCGGCCUGAUACCACAGAUCAAGGACGAACAAGCUCUUCUCCAGACACUGCGGGGUCCGGACUACUUUGGUCAAUAUGGCGAAAUCGAGAAAAUCGUGGUCAGCAAGGCUAAACCGGGAGCGGCCAACCAAGGCAUCGGAGUCUAUGUCACGUAUGCGCGCAAGGAAGAUGCUGCACUUUGCAUCAAUACGGUUGACGGUUCACUCAACGGCGAUCGCGUCUUGAGAGCGCAGUACGGCACUACAAAGUACUGCUCGGCCUAUCUUCGAGGGGAAACGUGCAACAACAAGAACUGCAGUUUCUUGCACGAAACAGGCGAAGAUGGACAGCAUACCUCCUUGCAGAAUGAGCCACAUGGUCCACGAAGAGUGACCGCCAUAUCGCAACCAACUCAGGUAUCUGCCCCGGCGCGACCCCUAUCAGCGGCACAGAAUCAUGCGGCGACCCAACCGAUGGCUCGGCAAGGUAGCAAAGACGACCAUGACAGCAGAAAGAACAGUCAUGACGGGUCCGCCUUGCCCUCGACUGCAAGUUGGGCCACUGCAAAUGCAAGCAUCGCAAGAACAAGACGUGCGAGCCAGGCAAACAGUCGAGCAACCCCAAGUCCCCAAAUCGCUCAUGCCUCGAUGGCAUCCAGUUCCCAGAAGGUGGACGAACCCAAGGCCAAGGAAAUUGCUCCCCUGGCAUCGACCACGCCCGCGUCCGCGCCCUCGCCCUCGUCUGCACCCAAGAUUGCCACACCUAAAUCAUUCCCUUCAUCAUCGAAACGCCCGAGGACCACUGCGGAGCUUGCACAGCAGCAGUUUGACGAAGUUGUACGGAGGAUCAUGCCUAAUUACCGAUUCGUGUUCGAUGAAUCAGCUCUCACCCCCGAGAUGCGAGCGGAAAUUGAACACAUGCCACGAUUGAUUGACCCGUACGGUGGUCUGAAACGCCUCGCCAUGCGUGAACGAGCUGAAAAAGAACGAGCCAGGCUUGAGGCCGAGGCAAAAGCCAAACUCGAGGCACAGGCGACCUCUUCCGCAGAGGAGACACUCGACGAAGAUCAUAUGGUUGCCGGCAGCCUUGCUCUUGGUGGCGAACCUGAAGACGAUCCCAGAAGUUCGUCCGCUCGUGGAGCUAUCGGUCGUCCAUCGCAAUCCGUGGCUGACCAACUCUCUUCGCUAAGUUUGGAUUCCCGCAGCCUGACUCCUCAACAGCGGCAACAACUGGCCUUCCAGCAAGCAUCUGGGAUCGGUCAAUCAACCACGCCAAACACCGCUUUCGAAAUGUCAGACUUUGAUCGACGAGGGCCACAGUACAGCCAAGCGCAGUUUGAACAGAUCAACAGUCAUCAGCGCCACGGGUCUCGGUAUUUCAACACCGACGCGAAGUCUACCAGUACAGGCCGUUUUCAGGGUCAGGGUCAAGGUCAAGGCCAAGGCCAACAGCAGACGUUCUAUUCCAGCGGUGUCCAAGGGCCUCCUCCCGGCUUGCCAACGGCAGGAACUCCUCCUGUCAGCGGCGGUGGUAUGUUUGCUCAUGGUCAGAACUUCACCAAUCCCGGCUUUGGGACUUCCAAGGAUGCGAACACCGAGAUCUAUGCAAGGAAUCGAAGCGGGACGAAUCAGGGUCAUGACAUGUCUAAGCGUGAGUUACUCCUUUCCUUGCAGAAUAAUCCCCUUGGUUCACCCUCACUAUCGGCCCCUGCCCCUGGCGCUCUGAGCCCGCUUCACAGCCAGUUUCAAGGAACCUACCAAGAUCCUGGGCUGGUCAAGCAGAAGAAAAAGGGGAAGAAGCACAGGCACGCUAACACUUCCUCUUCAGGAGGUGGUGUCGAGCAUCUUGCAGACCCGAGCAUCGUAACAGCAAGAGUACACCAGGGCGGCACGACAGGGCAGGGGCUCUUUGGGGGUAACCAAGUGGACGACAAGAACUUUCCGCCGUUACCGUUGCGUGCAGAGUCACGCGAUUCACCAUUACAUUCACGAGUGUCAUCCUACCAUAGUCUCCAAAGUGCGGGAUAUCGAUCAACAACUCCUAGAAUUCCACCUGGCUUUGAACUAACCCACGGUCAUCCAUUGCCGCCCUCGCGACAAGGAACGCCUGCUCGCACAGAUCAGACUGUGCGACGCGAUACGCCUAGUGGUUCUGCGACUGUGACUCCUGCAGUUCCGCUGGUUCCCUUGGGUCCACGCGCAUCUACACCUAGGCUGAAACUAUCAGAGACGCCAAAGGACGCCGACGAGGAGCCAUCUGUUCUACUGAGGAAGCAACGGCUCGGAUCAAGCGAAAUCAGCCUUGGCUCGCCCAAGCUGCGAACAAGCCGAUCAAAAGCUGAGUUAGACAAGAAGUUGGAGUUGGAAAAGGUUGAAGAAAAGCGGGAGAAGAAAGAUGAGCCUCAGACUCCGGUAAAGAGUGGAGAUGUCAAAGGCAAGGGAAAGGUUGUCGCGCAAAAGUCUGAGAAGAUAGAGUUGCCAAAGGCUCCACCGGAACCGUUUGUUCCUGAGGACAACAAAGACAAACCUGCAACUCCCGUUCUGGAUUCAGCAAGCGUUGCUACGCCCGGCACGUCAAGUUCACGCCCAGCGACUCCGGCUGCCACCACCCCAUCUGAGGCGUCUAAAGUGUCCAUGCCCAGACCUAGGACCUUGCGUUUAACCACUGGUACAACCACGAAACCGGCGGAAUCGGUCCCAACUCCUGCUGCCGCAGAGAAGCCAAGCUUUUUACCUCCCAUUUCAGCUGCGAAGAAAGGGUCUAGGAGACCUUCACUCUCGUCUGUACAACAUAGCAGGCCGUCAACACCUGCAAUUUCGGAACGACAGCACUCGCAUGACGCCUCCCGUGCCUCCUCUCCUCCGCAUAGUAUCGUUGGCUCUGCGCCGGAACGGGUGAAGAGCAAAAACCAGCAGAAGAAAGACCGCAAGGAGAAAGCAAAACGAUCGACUGAAGUGACUGACGCCGUUGUAGACACCCCACCGCCACCUGCGGUCGAAGAAGUUGCGCCUGUCAUCGCUCGGCAGAAAAAGCAAAAGAAGAGAGUCGAAAGCAGUACAACAGCAAGCAUGGAUGACCCGACGAAGGGUCGAGAAAAGCCCGAAAAGUCAGGGUCGGCCACUGCAAAGCAAGACGCUGCAGCAGACGCUGCUGUGAGCACCAAGAACGCAGGAAAGGAAAAGGCUUUACCUUCUUCCAGCAACACAACGGGAGGGACGGCGAUGGCUACUCCUACUCCUCCGCCCUCAACUCCAAAGGAAGAGCAGGCGACCAAGACUGAAGAUAAUGUGCGUGUACCCUACACACUACGUGAUCUCUACAACGAUGCUGGCAGGCUUGCUGGGAGCGUGGAUGCUUCCAACGCUGUGCAGAAGCUGCUGCAGGAACAUGUCUCACCAAUGCCCAAGAUCAUCUCAUCCAUGAUCCAGUCAGGAGAUCUAUCCAAGGACCACCCUUGGCUCAACCCGCCCAACUUCACUUCCGCGGCGUACAAACUCCCUUCAGACUCCAGGCGUGGCCAAGACUACCUUGAUGGAAACGGAUACAGCGCAAACGAUGCCUUUGGCUAUAUCUACCUGCCGCUCAAGGAAAGACAGGCGCUUAAGGAUGGCCACGCUGUCAGCGUUGCGGAUGCAGGAGAGCGGAAAGAUGAUUUGCUCAAGAGAUGCCUUGUAACCCCCAACGGCUGGGUUCUCAGACAUCUGAGUGGGGACGAAAGUGAAAAGGUUCUCGAGCUGGAAGAACGCCGGCAGAUGUAUGUUGAAGAAUUUGGCGACGUCGGUGCCAUGGACGGGCUUGGUGUUCUCGAACCGGAUGACUACACGAACUUGGGUGGCGGUAUGGAACGACUGAGUCGCCAUGGCGAGCGGCACGGAGUGAUCUGGGUCAUGGGUGAUGCCGAUCAGCUGGGUGAAGAAGAUGACUUCGAUACAUUCGAUGACGAAGACGAUGAGCUUGCUGGUGACGUCGGCGUUAGUGACGACGAAGAGCCAAUCUUGGACGACGAAGGUCUCAUUGAGCCGGACGAGGAUACGCUUGACCAUCAUCCGAGUGCCAGUAGCCCUGGUACUUGGGAUCUCCCACCUCGCAGCUCAAACAAGCAGACCGCCGGACGCGCCACCUCUCUGCCUGCUCUGUCAACGCAGCCAAAGUCUCAGGCUCCAGCUCUGCCAGGUAAAGGUCGGCCAGAAACCCUUCCCCAGCCUCGAACCGGCGGGACCAACAACGCCACCGCAGCUCAGAAUCCUAAUGUGAACCUUCGUGCCAUGGACGCAGACAGUCUACAGAAGCGCGUUACCGAGAAACAGAAGGAGCUUGAACAAUCGCGUAAAGAGAUGGAAAAGAUCGAGAAAUUGUGGAACAAAAAGUCCAAGGACAUUGCACGAUGGAGAGAAGGAUUGGCGAAAGGCUAG